AUGAGUUCUGUGAAUUCAAGGUUCAAGAACUUCGGGUUUGGUAAACGGAAGUCCACCGCCAGUAUCCCCUCGACAGAUAUUCCCCAGGCAGCCUCAACCCCACCACCGCAAGCGACAGGCCAAGGCCCCCCUCAAAUACCGCAGCAGUUCGCCCGUCCUGGGCCUGCCCCCUCCGUCGCUUCUUCUUCUUCGCAACAGUCCCUCCCGACGAUGAACCAUCCUGGAGCCGGACCUCGCCCGCCGAGCUAUACUGCCAACUAUCCCCAAGGUCCUGCUCCCUCCGCCGUCCAGCGCAUGAGCCCCCAAGCUCCUCAAGGCCCAGCUCGCACUCCUCCCUCGCAGAUGGUCGGCGGCCCUCCUCCGAUCAACACCGGUGCUCCUCUCGCCGGAUAUCCUCCCCAGAUGCAAAUGCCAGGUGGUGGUCCUCCGCCCGGUAUUCAGGGCGGUCCUCCAGGUUACGCUGGUGCUACUGGCUACCCCCCACCUGCCCCUCCUCAGAACCCAGGCAACGCCAUGCAGCAAUUCGGCCGACCAGCAGCUGAGGUCGAGGGACACAGCAGAAGCAAGGCGCAAUUGAUUGUGGGCAUUGAUUUUGGAACCACAUUCUCGGGUGUCGCAUUCGCAUUUGCUACCAACAACGAAGCAAAGGAAGAUAUUAUCACUGAAUGGCCUGGAGCAGGUUCAUAUACCAAGCAAAAGAUUCCCACCGUGCUAUAUUACGACCAGUAUCAAAAGGUGGUAGGAUGGGGACCAGAUAUCGCUGAUGCGCUGGCCCCGACUGGGUACCCCAAGCCCGGCGUGCAAAAGGUUGAGUGGUUCAAGCUGCAGCUCAUGUUGUCGGGCAACACUUACAUUGACCCCAUCAACUUGCCACCUCUGCCUCCAGGAAAGUCGGAGAUUGACGUGGCUGCCGACUACCUCUUCAAGCUUAGGCAAGCCAUGCGGGCUGCACUGCAGAAGACUCUGGGCGAGGUCUUCAACAGAGAAGAGAGAAACAUUCGGUACUAUUUGACCGUGCCAGCUAUCUGGAACGACGCCGGAAAGGCUGCCACCAGAGCCGCAGCUAUCCAGGCUGGUUUCCUGCGCGAUGAGAACGACAACAGACUAACGCUAGUGUCGGAGCCCGAGGCUGCCGCUCUGUUCUGUUCCAAGACGGGCCUGCUCAACCUCAAGGUCCAUGAUGCUGUGCUGAUUGUUGAUUGUGGUGGUGGUACUGUUGAUUUGAUUGCCUACGAAGUCGAAGAUGAGAAUCCAUUUACUGUUGCGGAAUGUACCGCUGGUUCCGGAGACUCUUGCGGUUCGACAGCUCUAAACCGGAACUUUAGCAACAUCCUCCGGACCAAGAUUAGAAAGAUGAAGCUGCCCGACGGAUCGAGGACAGCCGGCCGCGUCUACGCCAAGUGUAUCAUGGACUUUGAGAACCGCAUCAAGGCUGACUUCCGCAACAAUGGCCAAAAAUGGGCUGUCGAUGUCGGUAUUGAGGCUGAAUUCCCAGAGGCCGGCAUCGAGGAGGGUUAUAUGACAUUCACAAACGAGGAAAUCCUCCAGUGCUUCGAGCCCGUUGUCAACCGCAUCCUGGAACUUGUUCGGAACCAAAUCAUCGCCAUUCAGGCUCAAAACAGGGCUUUGCAAAAUAUUUUGGUCGUAGGAGGAUUUGGUGCAUCCGAGUACUUGUUCCAGCAGAUCAAGCUGCACGUGCCACCUCAGUUCCAGUCCAAGGUCGUCCGGCCUAUGGACUCGGUAGCUGCCAUUGUCAAGGGCGCAGUGACUGCUGGUAUCACCGAGCGUGUCAUUACCCACCGUGUCGCUCGACGACACUACCUCAUGGCCACCCUCCAGCCAUUCAAGGAGGGCUACCACCCAGAAGCCUACAGAGUGCCCUCGCUUGACGGCAAAGACCGAUGCAAGUUCACAAGGCAAAUCUUUGUGCAGAAGGGCCAGAAAGUCAAGAUUGGAGAGCCUGUCAAGGUCAGCUUUUUCAGACAGGUUGCUCCUGGCGCCACUCUCAUGUACGAGGACAUUCUGUAUGCCUGUGAUGACGAUGUGUGCCCGGAAUACACAAAGGAUCCUCGCAUAAAAGAAGUUGUCACAUUGACGUCGGAUCUGUCGCGCAAGAACUUGGAAAAGGACUUUGAGCGCAUGGAUACGCCUCAAGGCACAUUCUACAGAGUCUACUUUGACAUUUAUCUGACGCUUGACGGUUCCGAGUUCAGCGCCGAACUGGUGUGCCAAGGAGAGGUUAUGGGUCGCUGUAGGGCUCGGUUCAGAUAA